AAAUCGAUUCAUUAGCGAAAAAAUGUAUUUAUAAUAAGCAAAGUUCACGACAUUAUUCCACAAUUUGUUAUUAGUCUGUAAUGAUGACGUUACCGUUUAAUGUGAAUAUCCUUUCUUAUCAUAUAUUUUAUACCCAGCUAUAUAUAUAUAUAUAUAUAAAGUGAUAACGAUAACGAACUAACAAAUAUUAAAAUUAAUCGACGUAUUACUUACAUAUUCAAUAUACACGUAUUAUUAAACACGUGUGAUAAUAAAAUAAAGGUUUGUAAUUUUAAGCGCGGUGCGUUUUUCGUAAGACUGGAUACAGUUAUGACUGUUUAUGAGUGUUCAUCAUUGGAUUUCACGCUUGAUUUGUACUUUCAUUGUAUGAACAUGAAACAAGUCCUUUCGCAUGAAUAAAACGAUGAAAGUUCAAAACACUCUAUUUUAUGAUUAUACUAUUUUUAAAACAAUAUAUGUAUAUAAUCGAUUCAAUUUUAAAAUUUUUAUCAUUGAUUUUAUUUUAACUAAAGAGCAUGCGUAAGAAAUACGCCGUGUCUCGCGUUCUGCCGGAAACACAUGUAGUAACGUGCAACAUUCGCGUUCGUUUCGUUUUUUCUAUCGUCGUCUAUCACAAUUAGGUUUUUCUUUUACAGUAUUAUUAACUUUUUGUAAAUAAUGACAAAGAAGAGGAAACAAUUAGAAAAUGAAGAAACUACAGAAACAACAGAAACAACAGAAACAAAUUUACCACCGAUAAAAAGAAUGUCAGACGAACCUCCACCGAAAAAGGUAAAAUGGAUAAACAAGCAGCGUGUAUUAGUGUUUUCAACCAGGGGUAUUGGUCAUAUUCAUCGUCAUCUUAUGGAAGAUAUAAAGACUCUUAUGCCACAUCAUCGACCUGAAAGUAAAAUGGAACGUUCCAAAGAUUUGCAGGUUGUUAAUGAAAUGUGUCAAAUGAAGAAUUGCAAUAAAUGUAUACUUUUUGAAGGUCGAAGAAAAAGGGAUCUUUACGUUUGGUUUUCUAAUAUAUCUACAGGACCUUGUGCUAAAUUUUUAGUUGAAAAUAUUUAUACCAUGGGCGAAUUAAAGAUGACAGGAAAUUGUUUAAGAGGAUCUCGCCCAUUACUUUCAUUUGAUGAAAAUUUCAAUACAAAACCACAUUACAAUCUUUUGAAAGAGUUAUUCAUUCAAAUAUUUGGUGUUCCAUAUCAUCAUCCGAAAAGUCAACCAUUCUUUGAUCAUGUUUACACAUUUACUGUAUUAGAUAAUAGAAUAUGGUUUAGAAACUUUCAAAUUCUCACUGAAGAUGGAGGAUUAGCAGAAAUUGGACCUAGAUUUGUUUUAAAUCCAGUUAAAAUAUUUGCUAAUAGUUUUGGUGGAGAAACAUUAUGGGAUAAUCCUCUUUAUGUUUCACCUGCUAAGUAUCGACAAUUAUUAAAUAAGAAAGCUGCUGGUAAAUAUGUGAACAGAUUGGAGCAAAAGAUGGUACAGCAAGCUAAUAAACCAAAAGAAAGUUAUGCUUUAAAUCCUGUGGAUGAAAUAUUUAAAGGUGAUCCAAUAGAAAAAGCUUUAGAAUUACAAAGUAAGGAUAAAGAAGAAGAAGAAAUAGAAAAAAUGGAAAGUCCAAAAAGGAUUAUAAUGAGAAAAAAAAAGAAGUCUCCAAGUAAACAAUUAAAUAAACCAUUAAAUAAAAAAGUUAAAAAGAAAAGACUUACAAACAAGAAAGUAAAAAAAAAUAUCAAACACUGAUUGAACAUUUUAUACUUGUAUGAUUAUAUCCUUGUUACAUAAUAAUAAAAUUCACAUAUAUUGUUCUUAAAA